CCGUCCGUCCGUUUGUCCGUCCGCUUGUCCGUGCGGAAGUGGCGACACUUAAUUGCGAAUUGAGUGCAUUUUCAAUUUUUAUUGAACCGGCGCCCAGUCGAGCAUUAUGCUGCGGUGUGGUAUCAUUAAAUACUCGGUUGCUUUGCUGCUGCGAAGUAUGCUAUGAAAAUGCAGCCAGAGUGGGCGUGGCAGCUACUCCCAUGUGCUCAUUAGCGGUAUCUACGAGACGAUAACCAGCAUAGUAAUCGAUGGAAUAACUUGUCUUCUUUAUCAGUUGGCGCACAUGCAAAAAUAUAUUCAACCCAUCAUCGAUGAAGUCAGUCUACAGAAGUCAUCCCGAUAUUACGGUCGUUUGAAAAAAGAAAUGAGAGCUGUAACCUUCUUAACAGUUAUUUUGGUGACCUUGCUGGGUCACCGAACUAGUGGCCUGGAUUUUGAGGAGUGUGCCAGUGCCCCACAAUUGGGAGUUUAUGUGGCCAGCUCGAGUAAUUGCUCCAAAUACAUAUACUGUGCCGGUCCAGGAUCCUUUGAGGCCGAGUGCUUGGAUGGUCACUACUACGACGAAAAGUUGGAACGCUGUUUGGAUCGAAAGUUGGUGACUAGAUGCCGGGAUCCCGCAGAGAACACUACCAAAUCCCCUUCGAUGGUCAAGAAGCCAGCUCAGAAAACGGAACCAUUGGCGAUUACCCUGCGACUUUUACCCAAUGCCGGUCCCUGCUAUCCUUAUAUGGUCUGCUACGAGGGUGCUGGACUGGCCAAGGCCUGUACUCCUGCUCAUCUAGUGUCCUGCAAUCGAAUGCAAUCGCGAGAGAAUAUCAUCAACUGCCAGGAGGGAGUCUAUGGCUUUAUGCCACAUCCACGUAACUGCGCCUACUUCUACUACUGCUCCAGUGGCUCCAAGCUCAUCCAUCGAUGUCCUUUGAACUACACUUGGCACUACGAACGGAGGUCCUGCGUCCAGCAGUCCGAGAGGAUGUGCUACUCCGAGAAGCUUCGGCUUAUACGAAAUAGAAUAGGAAACGCCAACCACACGUAUUUCUAA